AUGGCGACGGCGUCGGCGCUUUGUCCCGAGAUCGAGGCCGAUCGCGGGGCCGUGCGUCGCCCGCCGGAGAUCGGAAUUCUGGUUUCCCCUUGCGCGCUUGCGGCUGCUGCGGUGCGGCGAUGGCGGGCGGCGGCGGGAGCAGGCGCGGCGGCGGAGGAGCCGAAGAUCUGGAGCGGCAACGUCUUCGUGGCGCUCGAGACGCUCAAGAAGAAGAAGAAGAAGCCGGCGGCGGCGGACAAGGCGGCGGCCAAGCCCGCCGCCGCCAGGGACAAGGAGGAGGGCCCCAAGCCGGAGGUCUUCUGGGCGCCCGCGCCGCUCACCGCCAAGUCCUGGGCCGACGUCGAUGACGACGAUGACUACUUCGCCACCACCGCGCCGCCUCCCAUGCCCGUCUGGGGCGACGCCCACCGCAGCGACGCCGCCGAGGACCAGCACGCCGCGCCCGCGCUGGAAGAGGAACUGAAGAAAAAAGAACUUGCUGAACUUGAUGCUGUUUUGGCUGAGUUGGGCCUUGGGACAUCAAACAAUUCCACUCAAGAUGAAUCCAAUGGUAAGAAAGGCGCAGAUCAAGUUGCAGAUGGAGAGAAAAAGGACGAUGCACCUGCUCCUCUAGAAAGCAAGAACUCAAAGAAGAAGAAAUCUAAGAAAGAAAGACAAGAGCGCAUAAAGAAGGUAGCCUUUAUGAAGAAAAAGAAGUCCAGCAAAGAGAUGGACGCUGCAGCAAAGAUCGCUGCAUCUGAGGCCGCAGCAAGGAGUGCCAGGCUUGCCACAGCGAAAAAGAAAGAGAAGAGCCACUACAACCAGCAGCCUGUGCGGUGA